AUGGCACCUGCGCUACUACUCCCCGCUAUCAACCCCCAGGUCCAUACUAUGCCACAUUCUUCCUGCUGUGCUACUCCCUGCUACAUCCUCCCUACUGUACUGCUCCACUCUGCAUCCUCCCUGCAGUGCUACUCUCCGCUGCAUCCUCCCUGCAGUGCUACUCUCCGCUGCAUCCUCCCUGCAGUGCUACUCUCCGCUGCAUCCUCCCUGCUGUGCUACUCUCCGCUGCACCCUCCCUGCUGUGCUACUCUCUGCUACAUCCUCCCUGCUAUGCUACUCUCUGCUGCAUCCUCCCUGCUCUUCUACUCCUUGCUGCAUGCUGUGCUGCUCCCCGCUGCAUCCUCCACGCUGUGCUACUCCCUGCUACAGCCUCCCUGCUACAGCCUCCCUGCAGUGCUACUCUCUGCUGCAGCCUCCCUGCAGUGCUACUCUCUGCUGCAACCUCCCUGCAGUGCUACCCUCUGCUGCAGCCUCCCUGCAGAGCUACUCUCUGCUGCAUCCUCCCCGCCUACCUCUCCUCCCUUCCCUGCUGUGGUACCUCUCCUCCCUUCCCUGCUGUGGUACCUCUCCUCCCUUCCCUGCUGUGGUACCUCUCCUCCCUUCCCUGCUGUAUACCUCUCCUCCCUUCCCUGCUGUGGUACCUCUCCUCCCUUCCCUGCUGUGGUGCCUCUCCUCCCUUCCCUGCUGUGGUACCUCUCCUCCCUUCCCUGCUGUGGUACCUCUCCUCCCUUUCCUGCGUUGAUACCUCUCCUCCCUGCUCCUACUCCUCUACGCCCUUCCCUGCUCCUACUCCUCUCCUCCCUUCCCUGCUGCUGCUCCUCUCCUCCCUUCCCUGCUGCUGCUCCUCUCCUCCCUUCCCUGCUGCUGCUCCUCUCCUCCCUUCCCUGCUGCUGCUCCUCUCCUCCCUUCCCUACUGCUGCUCCUCUCCUCCCUUCCCUGCUGCUACUCCUCUCCUCCCUUCCCUGCUGCUGUUCCUAUCCUCCCUUCCCUGCUGCUGUUCCUAUCCUCCCUUCCCUGCUGCUGCUCCUCUCCUCCCUUCCCUGCUGCUGCUCCUCUCCUCCCUUCCCUGCUGCUGCUCCUCUCCUCCCUUCCCUGCUGCUGCUCCUCUCCUCCCUUCCCUACUGCUGCUCCUCUCCUCCCUUCCCUGCUGCUACUCCUCUACGCCCUUCCCUGCUCCUACUCCUCUCCUCCCUUCCCUGCUGCUGUUCCUCCCCUCCCUUCCCUGCUGCUGUUCCUAUCCUCCCUUCCCUGCUGCUGCUCCUCUCCUCCCUUCCCUGCUGCUGCUGCUCUCCUCCCUUCCCUGCUGCUGCUCCUCUCCUCCCUUCCCUGCUGCUACUCUCUCCUCCCUUCCCUGAUGCUUGGGCCCCUCCGCCCUUCCCUGAUGCUACUCCUCUCCUCCCUUCCCUACUGCUGCUCCUCUCCUCCCUUCCCUGCUGCUACUCCUCUCCUUCCUUCCCCCCUCCUACUCCUCACCUCCCUUCCCUGCUGCUGUUCCUCCCCUCCCUUCCCUGCUGCUGUUCCUAUCCUCCCUUCCCUGCUGCUGCUCCUCUCCUCCCUUCCCUGCUGCUGCUGCUCUCCUCCCUUCCCUGCUGCUGCUCCUCUCCUCCCUUCCCUGCUGCUACUCCUCUCCUCCCUUCCCUGAUGCUACUCCCCUCCGCCCUUCCCUGA